AUGAAUUAUCAAGGUUGCGAUGACUACAUGGCCUUAAAUUACGGCCGAUUUUUAGAUAAUGGUGGUUGCGGUUAUGUUGGUCAAUAUUUAGCGAGACGAGUAGCGACUAGAGAUAUCGUUGAUCCAUAUGUUAAGGUUUUUAUAUAUGGAGUAGACAGUGAUUAUCAACAGAGAAAAACACGCGUUGUAGAAGACAAUGGAUUAAAUCCUGUAUGGAAUGAGACCAUGGUGUUUAAUAUUACCGUUCCUGAGUUAUGCCUCGUACGCUUUGUUGUUUUUGAUAGUGACACAAUCGGUUCUGACGAUAUUUUAGCCUCUUUUUGUUUACCGCUAACAACGAUCCAAACAGGUUAUCGUCACAUUCAUCUGCGUGAAGUAGAUGAUGAUCCAACCUAUUCAACAUUAUUUGUUCAUGUCGAUAUACAGCAUAACACAGAUGAUCAGUACGCAGUACUGUAA